AUGGCAGCUCUUGAGGCUUCUGAACGGCAUCUCGCCCCCCUGCCCCCUCUCCAUCGGCCCCUCCCUCUCCGCCUUCCCCUCCCCUUCAUGACUCUCCUCUUCCGCCAUCCCCUCACCUUCCGCCCUCCCCUCAACUUCCGCCCUCCCCCCUUCCGCCCUCCCCUCACCUUCCGCCCUUCCCUCACCUUCCGCCCUCCCCUCAACUUCCGCCCUCCCCCCUUCCGCCCUCCCCUCACCUUCCGCCCUUCCCCCUUCCGCCCUCCCCCCUUCCGCCCUCCCCUCACCUUCCGCCCUCCCCCCUUCCGCCCUCCCCUCACCUUCCGCCCUCCCCCCUUCUGCCUUCCCCUCCCCUUCCGCCUCUUUCCCACCACUUUCUGCCAGGAGAGCUACUUCCACUCGUCUCCACCAAUCAGCGGCUGCCAGCUUGGACAACGCAAUUUAUUCCUAUCGUAUGAUGUGUCGCACGCAUACCUAGUGCGACACCUCUGCAAGGUGUCGCAAGGGGGAAGGCGGGGAACGCUUGGGGACCGGGAGGAACGCGGGGGGCCUGGCACACACGGGGGACACGGGGGACGAGAGCGGAUGGCGGACGUGAGAGUGACGGGGAGUGCCGCGGAGAAGGGGGCGAUUACAGAAGGAACGGAUAUAGCGGAAGUAGCAGCUAAGAGGCCUCGCAUCGAGGGCCAAGACAGGAAAACGGAACGAGCGGAGGGGUCCGCACCUUCCAGUAGAACGUUACCAGCAGCUUCGAAGAAAGAGGAGGCUGCUGCGGCGGUACCAGAGUCAGUUUACAUCGCUGGUCGAUACUUGAAGUUUUCUCGCGCCCUGAGCCAGUCCCCAUGGACGGUGGACGAUGAACAGAUGGGGGAUGGCUCUGUGCAGGAUCUAAUAGCAUCCCACGUGCUACCUCUCCUGCAACCACUGUCGCACAAGUUCCAAGCUGCUGGGCGAGAGGACAUUGAUGUGCGCAUGCUGGGUUCUGGGCGGCCGUUUCUGCUGGAGCUCAAAGGGGUGAGGCGAGUGCCUAGCGCUGAGGAGCUGAGAAAGAUCGAGCAGGAAAUCAACGAGCAGGAGAGGGGCAAGGUGGGCGUGUGUCAACUGCAGCUGGCAGAUUCGCGAAUGUGCACUCUGAUGCGGCAAGGGGAGGCAGAGAAGCAGAAAUCCUACGUGGCAGUGGUGUGGAUCUCCCGGUCAAUCACCCAAGCUGACGUGGCAAAGCUGGAGAGCAUAAAAGACCUGGAGCUCCAGCAGAAGACCCCCAUCAGAGUGUUACACAGACGAAGCCCUCUUACUCGCCCUCGGACCAUCUACAGCAUGCGGUGUCAUCUGGUGCCAUCGAACCCACAUGUGUUCCUCCUCCACCUCACCACUCAGGCCGGUACUUAUGUGAAGGAGUUUGUUCAUGGCGACUUCGGCCGCACACAACCCAACAUUGGGUUGCUGCUGGGCUCCUCACCAGCAGGAGUGGAUGGAAAGCACGUGGUGCUGACCUCAGCAACAGCACAAGCACCCCUGACUAAGAAACGUCACUCACCAAUUCAACGCCAUGAGCUCAAGGGAAUGAUUCCAGUCGCCGUGCUUGUCGUAUGUCUCCUGCUGCCCACUGCUCUCUCCGGCUCACUAACACGGCCGGCAGUAGCAGGAAGCGCUACCAGCAAGGACAGCAGCAGUGAAAGCAGUGGCAGCAACGGUAACAGCAACAGCACGAGUCAAGAGAGGCUGCUGCCGUUUGUGCAGUUCUCGGCGUAUCGAAUCUCAGGCGACCAGUUUGCUCUCGUGGGGCUGGCUGCUCGUGAACUGGCGCAUGUGAGAAAGGUGGGCGGUUGCGCGUGGGAGCCGGGGAUACCAGCGAGUCAAGCAGGCCAAGGAGGGGCGAGGGAUGAAGCGAGCAGGAAGUUUGAAAAGAGGGAGGAGCGAGGGGAGGUGAGCAAGGGGGGUGAUAAGAGGGAGAAAGCGAGGAAGAGGAGGGGGUUGAAUGAGGUGGAGCUCGAUGGGAGGGAGUGGUUACGUGGCAGAGUGAAGGAGAGGGGCGAGGAGGGGAGGGAGGAAGGGAGGGAGAGGAGGAGGUUGGAUGCGGUGGAGCUGGAUGGGAGUGGGUGGAUACGGGGCAAAGUGAAGCAGCAGCACGUGGGAGAGCAUCACUUUUUGAGAUAUGCCGUGCUCAUUCUGCUCUGCACUCUCAAGAGGGAAACACCUGCAGGGGAGGGAGGCAGGCUACACAUGGGCAUGGAGGGGGAGGACGUGGUGGUGUAUGAGGAGCAACCGGGGGAGGUGGUAACUGCCAUGACGCAUGCCCCCUUCCUCUACAACAUCACGCACUGCUCCCCCCCCAUCCCCGGCCAGCCAUUACUGGAUGGAGGAAUAGCGGAGAUCACUGAUUUUCGUGAUCUGAUGAAUUACGAGUCGUGGUAUUAUGGCCAGUUGAUGAUAAUAAACGACUGUGUGUAUCGCUUCCGCCGCCUCUCCAAGUGGAUCAUGUACCUUGACUUUGACGAGUUCAUGUUCAUAAACGGUCAAGAGCAAGUCCCCACGCCUCUCAACGUGCAUGACUUUCUCGUGCCCUACGAGGGCAUGACCUAUGUCAGCCACGGAUGCCUCGUGUGGGACUACCAUCGCUGCUUGCCCUCCCAGGGCGAUAACGACCCCAGGUGGCAACAUGAGCGCAUGCUGUGGCAUAAGCCGGAAAUGUACUGUAUAGCUAAGGACAACUCCACUGACCCCACCAUGUGCCUGGGCCACUAUGGCCGCCGCAAGCUGUUUGUGGAUCCCAGAAAG